GACACACCGGAUCCCAUCUCCCAAGCGUAAACUUGUUUCAUUCUCUCUUCUGCUUCGGAUGCAAAGAGCUGCGAUACUACAGUACACGUUCCGUGGCACAUCGCCGUCGCCGUCGAGUUUAUCGUACUUAAUCGAGUAAAAAUUGUGACUUAAAAUAUAUCUACGGUUCGAUAGGUCGGUUUUGCCUGUUCGGUUCGAUUUGGAUACGCGUUGAUAUAUGUAUAGUGACUUUCCGGUUUCCGUGAUAGUUCGUAGAUUAUACCAACUGUGUACCUUUCCACUAGCAAGUCAAUUUUGCAAAUUAGCAACUUUUUGUCUGUACUGAUAAGCAAAUAAAUGGUGAUUGCAUUACUGCCAUAAAUAGUCAUAAUAAGUGUCAGUUAAGGUGAUUACGUAUUACAACACGGGUCGCAUGCACACAGUAGGCCACGAGUACAUCAGCUGUUUUCCGUCCGUCCAGGGCCUACUUAAUCGUCGACGAUUUGAACUGUAUGUGCACUUUCCGGUGCCCAUAAGUGAACUCUAAAUUCUAAUACUGGGGCGGAAAAAAGUGCGUAUCUGAGACGUUUUUGCGUGCUUUCUACACGAAAUAAUGGCGGCGCCCGCAGAGGAUAAAAAUAAUGACAACAUGAAAUCGCUCGGGUGGAAGUUCUUGCACAAGGAAACCUUCGGUAUUGGCGAACGAGCAAACUAUGUAAACAGUCCACAUGUUAUUGCGAUGGUAGGGUUGCCAGCCCGAGGCAAAACGUACAUUUCCAAGAAGCUGUCCCGCUACCUGAACUGGAUCGGCAUCAACACCAGGGUGUUCAACCUGGGCGAGUACCGACGCCUGGCGACCGAUGCCUACCGAAGUCACGAGUUCUUCCGGCCGGACAAUGAGGUGGCGAUGGCCAUCCGGCAACACUGUGCCGAAAUGGCCUUGCAGGACGUGUGCCAGUGGUUGGAGAACGGAGGCGAAGUGGCGGUAUUCGACGCCACCAACUCGACCCGCGAACGCCGUCGUAUGAUCAAAGACAUCAUCGUACACAAAAUGGGCUUCAAGCUGUUCUUCGUGGAAUCAAUCUGCGACGAUCCGCAGAUCAUCGAACAAAACAUCAUGAUAAAGGUCAGCGGUCUUGAGUACUUGCCCCCGCUGGUGUCCUUUAACGGUAUUGAGGAAGUGAAAGUGAGCAGCCCGGACUACCGCAACAUGAACAUGGAGGAAGCCCUCAACGAUUUCCGCCUUCGGAUUGAGCACUACCAAGAACGUUACGAACCGCUGGUCGAAGAAAUCGAAACGAACCUGUCCUACAUGAAGAUCUACAACACCGGCGAGAAGGUGGUCGUCCACAAGCACGAAGGCCACAUCCAGUCGCGGAUCGUGUACUACCUGAUGAACAUCCACAUCACCCCGAGGACGAUCUACCUGACGCGGCACGGUGAAAGCGAGCACAACCUCAAGGGACUGAUCGGAGGCGACUCGGUACUGAGCGACCGGGGCCGUCGGUACUCGCAGGCCUUGGCCAAGUACAUCCAGGAACAGCACAUCGAGGGUCUGCGGGUUUGGACCUCGUGGCUGAAGCGCACAAUCCAAACUGUGGCGGACGUUACCGCACCCCAGGAACGUUGGAAGGCACUGAACGAAAUCGAUGCCGGCAUCUGCGAGGAAAUGACCUACGAGCAGAUCCAGGCCAAGUUCCCCGAGGAGUUCAAGGCGCGAGAUCAGAACAAAUUCGCCUACCGCUAUCCGCGCGGCGAAAGUUACGAAGAUUUGGUGGUCCGGCUGGAACCGGUCAUGAUGGAGCUGGAACGGCAGGGUAACGUGCUGGUCGUGUCGCACCAGGCCGUGCUCCGGUGCGUGCUAGCGUACUUCCUGGACAAGACGGCCGACGAACUUCCCUACCUGAAGGUACCCCUGCAUACGAUCAUCAAGCUGACGCCGGUGGCCUACGGAUGCAAAGUGGAACACAUCAAGCUGCCGAUCGACGCAGUGGACACGCACCGUGCGAAACCCGAGAUGCCCGAAGACGACAGCGCUGGCACUAGCACCGUCGUCACGCCGGAUGAUUCGCCGACGAAUGGCACUUGCUCGAGAUAAAUGUCAUCUCGGGGAGCAAGAACAAUUGGCACUUUAACAUUUGAAAGCAAAAACAAAUAUGCUUGAGAGAGGGACACACUAUUCCACAAACUGAAAAUUUAAAAUAAAGUUCAAUCACCCCUGUGCUAACAAUAUACAUAUUUGUCUACUGAUACAGAACUGUAUGUUAAGUGUAAUAUAAAAUGUUGUCGCACAUUAUUUUUUUCUAAAUAGUGAAUAGAUGUAAGUACUUAAAGUUUUAUUAUUCGGCCUAGCUUUAGGCAUUUUGUUACUCAAAAUGUUGUCGAAAAAUUGGUAUGGUGAAAUAUAAAUUUUAUUCAAAAUUCAAAAUCCAUGGUGUUUAAUAACAAUCGAAUAACCUUCAUGAGCACAAUCAACCGCGGGAGUCGAAACGUCGGUCACCGUGGCAGAAAGCGAAACAAAAAGUGACUAAAAUUGAAUGUUCCCGGCUCGUUGGACGCCAAAUUCGUCACCCAAAAGCUCAACUCGUUGGCACUGUAAAACUGGCAGCACGGAUCGUCCCAUCCUGUACUUCAAUUUUGCCACCUCUAUCAUUCGUGCUUUAUGUUUGUUUUGUUGAAGGAAAAGAAUAGUUUAUAAAACUGUUAGGUGAUAACGAUUGCUACAAAGUACUUCAUCGCAUUCGAAAAAUGAUAUUUUUAUGUAGAUUUUACUUUACUCAUAGAAACAAACCUUCAAGUGUUAAGUUUGCAUUUUCGUUUUUGUAGAGCAUUUUCGUAUCUUUCCAUAAGUUUGUGUUUUCUCAAUCGCCAUUGCUAGCCAUUAGGAGACUCUGGAAAAUAGAGACUUAAAUCUUCCCACAAAUCAGUCGUAAGCGUGACCGAGGCAAAAGUACAUCCGAUGUAAAAGUUUUUUUAUUGUGUAAAUUUACAAGGAUCCAUUUUACUGUAACCUAGUGAUUUAUUAAGAAAGUAAAAAUAAAAAGACACCGCGCACCUAUACACAUCUAUUGAUCGCUAUGCACCCGGCUAUGCAGCUCUCGUUUUAAAAAAGAGGGCAUAGAAUAAAAAUGCCGGAAACAUAACGGUUGACAGACGCUACAAACAGUCCCAAGUAGCUUUUCAUGUUUAAUCUUUAUUCAAAACCAAAAUCUCGGUCAAUACAAUAAAUAUAAAACUGAUAAAACGCUACUUGGGAAAAUACGAACAAAGGAGUUGUACAGGCAACUUGUCAUUAUGAACAGAGACCAUAACUAGGGCGUAAGUACUCUAUAAUAGUCGAAGUACUCUUUACAUGUAGCUGUUCCGGCGAACGGAGACGACAGUAGAAUUAAGAGAAAUAUAAUAAUUUAAAUAAACUAAUGAUUCCCUUUCAGGCGGAGAAGAAAUCUCGACGAAACGAGAAUGAA